AUGGCAGAGCAUAGAGGAACAUCGUUUUAUAAUUCAUGCGUGAAAGUACCGGUAGAUCCAUGUAGCAGACAACCAACACCUUCCUACGAACGUCCACGAUCGAUCAAAAGUGAAAAACAAAAUAUUGUCGAAUCAAAAGGACGAAAGAUUAAUUUCGCUGCAGAGAAUUUACCAAAAACCGAAUCGGAAUUGUCAAGUCCUCGAGAAAAUUUAGAGGAUUUUUUAGAAUUUUUGGAAAGUAUACCUGAUUACAAACAAGUCAAUCAUCUGUCUAACGAACAGUUUCGGCAAAAGGUCGAAUACUUGAGAAGGAAGCAACGACUUUUUUUAAAGAACUUUGACGAGACUGAAAAAGAUACGUCAAGAAUUUCAACGUCGAGAAGUAAUCAUAACAUCAAAGUUAUACGAGACGACAUCAAUGAAUUAAGAUUAAACGGUAAAAAAUGUUACAUCGAGGAAUCGAGAACAAACAGUCCUAUUCUUUAUCCGUCCGGUAGUUUCGCUGGACUUAUGGAAGACCAAGAUCUUUUGACAUUUAGAUUUAAAGAUAAGGAAGCUAAAGCGACACGUAACAAGGAAAUACACAUAGCUAACAAAGGCUGGAAUACAUGGAGUGAAUCAAAAAGUAAUGAAAGUUUGAAUAACGAUUCGGAAGACAGCGUGGAGACCAAAAGUCUUCCAGCGAGUAGUCCAAAGGAAUGGCAUCCGACUGUACCUAAGCCGUUUAGUUUUACUCUCAGAGAAGAAGCAGAAAAAUACAUGACACUAGCGGAAGUGGAAGCGGUUGCAUAUUCUAAGAAGGAAAAUAAUAAAAAAAGUCUUUCCAAAAAACGUCGCAUUAGACCUAUUCCCCUUACCUCUAAGAUACCACUUUAUGAUAAGUUACUCGCUGAAAAAGAAGAGAGAAGUCGUAUAGUACGCGAGGAAAGUGCAUUAAACUUGUUAUCUCAAGUGCGUCCUUUUAAACUUGAAUGUGAUCGAAGAGCUUGGAGAUCUUUGACACGUUCAAGUCCAGAAAUAUGUAGUAAAAAUUCUCGUUCGACCUCGAGAUUCAAGGCAAAACCUGUACCUAAGAAUUUGUUUGGUACUGAGAUAUAUGACCGGAUGCUUGAGGAUGAAUACUACAGAGAAUUGACAAAAAAGGUGAGAGCAUCCGAAUUAAUGAGAUCUUCCUCAUUGCCACCUUCAAUGGCAAGACGUGAACGUGUGAAAUCAGCUUGUGCAAAUUUACAAAAUUUUCCUAAUGACUCGACUAAAGAAACGAUUGUUCAAAGUAGAGAAUCCUCGCGAUUAUCAAAUCUUACAACAAUGAUAUCGGAAAGAUCCAGAUCUGCAUUGAACAGUUUACCAUCACGGGGCAAUAAUUUAGCAGCUGUUCUCAGAUGCCAAGCAUCACGAGAAAAGUUGGAACGAGAGAUAAGAGAACGAAUGGAUGAAAAACGUCGGGAGCAAGUUAUCAAAUUAAAAGAAAAUUUAAUUGGUCGUAAACCCGCUUGGAGAGCACUCAGGUCCGCAACGAGGCACGAUCAUGAAAAAGAUUUGGAUAUUCGAACAUCCAUGCGACGCAACGAAGCUCGUGAACAAGCCGAACGUCAUCGUCUUCAAAUGGAAAUGAUGUUGGAUCGGGUUACACAAAUACCGACGCUUUUCGAACGACAUUCUCAGAGUUUCCAGUCAUUAACUAAAUUGCAAAGGAAAAAUUAUGGGACUAACGUACAAAGGAAGAAAAAGAAGAGAAUAAAUAAGCGAGAUAACCAUAAUAGCGGUACCGAUUCGUACCUAAGUUAUUGUAGUAAUUCGAGGCCAAAUUCGGGAUCGUUUACCAGUUCAUCUACUAUUCUGGCAUCUUCGAGUCAAUCAUCGAAAUCUUCGGAAUCAAAGGAAUCGGAUAAAUCAGUCGAAAAAUCAGAAAAUUCUGGUCCAAAGAAAAAAGGCUAUCGUGGACCGCUUAAAGUGUCUAUCAAAGAAACGGCAGAAUUAAUUGAAGAUAAAUUAUCAAGCGAUCGUUAUAGUGAUGAGGAACACGAGGAUGAUGUAUUACGAAGUAAUCAUCAUUCCCCGGAUGAGUAAAAACGUACAAUUUUAAUAAUUAACAUAAUUAAAUUGCAUU